UUUAGACAUUGCCAAUCAGUUACAGCUUCAAUAUGCAGUGCUGAUUUUUGACGAAGCAGUUUAUGCUAAGGUACAACAGGUACGAUGGAAAUAUGAGGAAUUUAUGUCAAAGUUCAUUGUCCGUUUGGGAGAAUUCCAUUCAUGCAUGUCAUAUGCUACAGCAAUAGCAUGUCGCUUUCGUGAUGCUGGCUUGCAGGAUAUAUUUAUUGAAUCUGAAAUUGUUGCACAAGGAUCUUUAAAUGGUGUGUUUAGUGGCAAGCACUAUAACCGAUGCAUUCGUGCCCACAAGUUGGUUUUUGAAGCGAUGGAAAGACUUCGUUUUGAAGCUUUUUUAGACAGUCAAACAACUCUUCAAAAGUCUGAAAUCAUUGGCUUAGUGAAAGAAAUAAGUGGCAACUUGAAUAAAGAACAUUUCGAUGCUUAUGUAGAAAAUGUCACAAUACAAGAGAUUGGAGAAAGAUUUCAGCAGUUCAUCGAAAAUGAGAGUCAGAGGAGUGCUACUUUUCAGUUAUGGUCAUCCUAUAUCGACAUGGUAUACCUGCUGUUAACAUUUAUCAGAGCAACACGCACUUCAGACUGGAUGCUCCACUUAUCUACAAUUAGAGCAAUGCUGCCUUGGUAUUUUGCAUAUGAUCGCAUAAAUUAUGCAAGAUACAUGUCUACAUACUGGCUGGAGAUGAUCUGUUUGGAUGACACUCAUCCAGGUGCAUCUGCUGAAUUAAGUUCAAAGUGGACUGUUCAACGCCAGCAAAAUUAUGGAUUUUCCGCAAUUGCCUGUGAUCAAGCAAUAGAGCAAACAUGCAACAGAGAUUCCAAAACUAAAGGUGGAAUUGUGGGCUUAACACAAAAUAGAGCAGCUAUAAACAGGUGGAUUCUUGCCCAAGCUGACAGGUCUGCAAUAACAAGGAAGUGUGAAUUAAUGGCAGGAGUUGCAGAAGAACAAAGAAUGCGUAAAGAUCUUGAUAACACCCAUAGCAGUAAUCAUGAAGAAUCUGUUAAGCAAGUUAUAUCAACAGUGUCAUCCAUGUCAAACCCAUUCAGUCCUGACAGUCCCAAAGAACUGGUCAACAUUUGCAGCGGAGUGGUAGCAGAUGAAGUAACGACAGCUGAUGUGAAAAAUGCAUACAAUAAGGGAGACCAAAAGCUUGAGGAUUUCUUACACAAUAGAUUAUUAUGUGAGGAACCAGAUAUCUUUUCAAAUAUAGGAACAAUGAAACUGAAAACAUUCAAAUCCAUGUCAAAAUCCAAAAAAGUCAAAACGUCUUCUGGUUCCACGGUUACGGUGAAAAAUGAUGCACGUUUUUGGGCAAGGCUUUUGGUUAUUGCAAAGAAUCGAGACAUUGAUCUUGAAAAUGUGUUUACAUACUCACUGAGAGCAUAUCCGCGCGCCUUAGCAACUGAUUACGGUGGUCUGGUUAAGACAUCAAAGUCUAAACUGCUUCAUACUCUGGAGAAAGAGGCUGGAGAGCCAUUGAUUGAGCAGAUUCCACAAAACAGUGCCACAAUUAUCGAUGGUAUGGCCUUACUGCAAGCGUUGAAAACCAAAGACAUCCCAGAAAAUUUUGGGCAACUGGCUGAAUUACUACUGAAGAAGAUAAUUGCUAUUGCUGUUUUCAACAAAUCUCAACGUGUGGACUUUGUUACAGACAGGUACCCUGAGAUCAGUACAAAAAAUGUUGAAAGAACAAGCAGAGCUGCGUCUGGUACAAAUGUGUUCUCAAUACUAAGUGAGCAACAGAGAAUACCAAGACAGUGGAAAAAAUUCAUGAAUGUGGGAAGCAAUAAGGAGAGACUAAUUGACUUUCUUGUAGAGGAGUGGAAAAAGGCUCCUCUUUCCAGGUUGGGAUCAGUGGAAUUUUUUGUCACCAAACAGGAGAAAUGCAUUAAAAUUCAUUCAGCUGGCGAUGCUGGUGUUGUUGUUGCUGAAGAGAUUUCAGAAUUAGAAUGCGAUCAUGAAGAAGCUGAUACUAGAAUGUUUGUUCAUGCCCAUCAUGCAGCAGAGUCAGUUGACACUGUUGUUAUUAAGAGUCCAGACACUGAUGUGUUUGUGAUUGCUAUUGCCAGUCAACCAACCAUUGAUGCAAAGCUGAUAUUUGAUACAGGAACUGGAAACAAUCAAAGACGAAUUGACAUUAACGAAGUUGCUGCCUAUUUUGGUACUCUGUGGUGUAAAGCAAUCAUUGGCUUUCAUAUAUUUACAGGCUCUGACUCAACAAGUGCUUUCUUUGGAAAAGGUAAAGUACGAGCAUUUAAAGUAGCAAGAAAUAGUGUGGAAUUUUCAGAGGCAUUCGCUACUCUUGGUGAAGACGUGAACAUCCCUGAAAAUCUUGGUAAAAUCUUAGAAAAAUAUGUUUGCUAUCUUUAUGGGCAAGAUAAAGCCAAAUCGAUUAAUGAUGCACGCUAUACAAUGUUUAAAUUUGGUAAAUGCACAGAAGAGUCACUCCCACCAAAUUCCGACAGCCUCCAUCAACAUAUCCUCAGAGCAAACUUUGAGUCCUAUGUCCGCAAGCAUGCAACAAUUCCAAUUUUGGCAUCACCCUCACCAGUGGGAUAUGGUUGGAAACUUGAAGAAGGUGAGUUGCAAAUUGUAUGGGGAACACAACCUCCUGCACCAGAGAGCAUCCUUGAAUAUGUUGAUUGCAAAUGCAAGAAAGGGUGCACAACAAACAGAUGCUCUUGCCACAAAUCUGGUUUAAAAUGCACUGAAUUGUGCCAGUGUAAUGGCUGUGAAAACUAUGAAUCAGCGGAGGAACUGAGUGAACUUGAAGCACAGUUUCUAGAAUAUGAGUAUGGGGAAGAAGGCGAUGAUUAUGAUGAUUAGAUUCUGGUAUAAAUUGUAUAAAAUUAAUAAAAUAGGUAUUACUAGCUGCAAAUGUUACAGCAGUUUGAGAGUUUAUUUGCCCUGUCUAAUAUAAAUAUUCUCUGUAAAACACAUUUUACAAAAUUUAACAAAACUGAUCGUAAGCUGAGUAUAGUCAGCGUACUAGUUCAUGUGCACAAGUACUAUUACAUGCACUGUAUAUUGUUUAGUUUUUACAACAGCGUAGCAGAUAUAUCACACAUAAGUGCUGAAACAUUUUAAUACUGAGCAAAGAUGUAUUAUCAUACAACUGUUUGUUUACCUUAAAUUUAUGUUUUCAUUUAUACUGUUAGCUGAAUCGAACUGAACCAUGAACUUGUUUAUUUGUCUAUAAUAUCACAUAUCUCAAAAUGUGCUGGAAGUGAAAUUUUGUUAAUGAAGCAGUGCGUUCGGAGAUAACCCAUCUCCGAUUACGACUUGU